AUGGUGGCUUCCUUAAUCAUGACAAUCGGUUUUACACUGCUGGUUAUUGAAACACUUGUUGGAACAGUAGCAAAUGGAUUUAUUGUCUUCAUGAAUUACAUUGACUGGUUCAAAAACAGGAAACUAUCCCCAGCUGACCUGAUCCUGACCUGCCUUGGCUUGUCCAGACUUGCAUUUCAGGCAGUAGUGUUUCUGGAUCAAACUAUGUCUUUCUUUUCUCUGAGCACUCAUGUUUGGAAUUGCCUAUAUCUAAUGAUUCCCAUCACCUGGAUUUUUGCUAACACUGCCAAUGUUUGGUUUGCCACCUGGCUCAGUGUUUUCUACUUUGCAAAGAUCGCCAUCUUCUCCCACCCCAUUUUCCUCCAAGUGAAGCAAAGAAUCUCUGGACUGGUGCCGUGGUUGCUUCUGGGCUCUGUUGGUCUCUCUGCUAUUACGACUAUUUCUGUAGUCAAAACCUGGAUCGAUGGUUUCUCCACACUCAAUUGCUACUCAUGGCAUUUGAGCAUUAAUGGUUCAGAAAUGAAAACAUUUGACUCAAGUAGGUAUUUUGUUAUUCUAGCCACUGUCCCAAAGGUUAUUCCCCUUCUGAUAUUUUUGUCAUCAUCCAUCUUGUUAAUAACCUCUCUGUGGAAGCACACAAGACAUUUACAACGCAAUGGAGUCGGAGUCAGGGAUCUCAACACUCAAGCUCACUUGACGGCCAUGAAAGCUCUGGCUUCCUUCUCUGCUCUGUACCUGUCCAGUUUCCUAGGAUUCACUGCACAGGCAAUACUGAUCUUGAAUAACAUGAAUCACACUUGGCAAGGGAUGCUGACUAAUAGUGUUAUUGCGGCUUAUCCCUCUGGACAUGCUAUUAUUCUGAUAUUAAUUAAUCCCAAACUAAAACAGACAUGGGUCAGGAUGCUACAUCACUUGCAAUGCUCUUUGAAUGAAAUGUCAUCUUAA